ACGAUCGCAUCUGUCAAAAUGUAAACUGAAUUCAAUGACCAUUCGAAAAUAAUGAUAAUAAUGAUUGCGAUUGAAAGACCUUUAUAAAAAAUAAUGAUGAUAACGAUUGUGAUUAUAAGACCUUUGUAAAUAAUAAUGAUUGCGAUCAUAACACGGGCCUACAAAUUGGGACUUGGACUCUUGGAUGCCGUGAUUUUCAAAAUGACAAAUGCCAAGUGCGAAACAUUCAACAAAUCGUGGGUCCUGGUAUAUAAUUGCCGCUUAAAGGCAGUUAGGCGACACGUAACUGUUUUGAAUAUUAAUAGUACCUAUUUGCAUCCGGUAAAUAAAUUGUCAGUUCAUGGUCAACUCUUCAAGAAAGCCAAUGGAUAUAAGCCAUGGCUAAUCAAUGUGACUUUUGAUGCUUGUCGUUAUUUGAGAAGGCCCAAUAAUCCUGCUGUUUCGAUGGUUUUUAAUCUAUUUAAAGAGUUUACAAACAUCAAUCAUAAAUGCCCUUUUUAUGGACCACAACUUGUUGAGGGUUUCUAUCUAAAGCCUGAAUUGUUGCGACUUCCUUUACCAACUGGCGACUAUUUAUUAGAAAUAACAUGGAUAUUUAUAGGCCACAAUAUUAUACGAACGUAUAUUUUGAAUUUGUUGAGGAUUUAUAAGCAGGUAAACAAAAUAUUAUGAAUUAUAAAAAAAUCAAUUAUAUAGACUAUACAAAGUAUCCAACCAUUAACAACUAA